AUGAGCGCGGCCCCGGGCGCCUCCCGCGCCCCCCGGCCGCUGCUCCGCUUCCCCGACGGGGCGGGCGGGCCAGGCGGUGGCGGGCGGGCGGCGGGGAGCGGCGGCCUGGGGCCCGGCGCCUGCCCCUGCCCCUGCCCGGGGGGGGCGCGGAAGCGGCGGCGGACCACGUUCAGCCGGGGGCAGCUGUCGGAGCUGGAGCGGGCCUUCGCCGCCGUGCCCUACCCGGACAUCGCCACCCGCGAGCGCCUCGCCGAGCUCACGCAGCUGCCCGAGGCCAAGAUCCAGGUUUGGUUCCAGAACCGCCGCGCCCGCCGGAUCCGCAGCACCAAACCGGAGCCGCCGCCGCCGCCGCCCGGGGAGCGGGGCCCGCCCGCGGCGCCCCCCGACGCUGCCGCCCCGGCCCCGGGCCCCGCGCUGCCGGAGCCGGGAGCCCCGGGCCCCCCCCGGGGCCUCCCCACCUCGCUGGGCUCCAUCUCCGACCUCAUCUACAGCGCAGCCCUCACCAACCUGGGUGAGCCGUAG